UCAUCGCCUCCACCGCGCUGCUCCUCCUCGGCAGCGACCUCGCCCUCCAGCCCCUCGCCGACGAGAUCCAGCUCGACGUCAAGGCGCUAAACGGCACCGACCCCGGCAGCCUGGAGUACGCCAAGCUCGUACAGGAGAUCCAGAAUGACACCAAGGAGCUCCUGCUCGUAGGCGCGGUGUACCUCCUCUUCGCGAUCGUCGUCAGCUCCGCCGUCCGGAUCAUCCUCCUCUUCGCCACCGUCUUGACGUACUCCGGCGAGCAGCGUGCUACCUUCAGCGAGCUCCUAGGAAAAGCUAAGGCGCAGCUGAAGGGCCCCCUGCUCACGCUCGCCUUCGUCUACGUCCUGGAGAUCGUCUACAUCGUGUUUCUGGCGUUGAUGGGGGCACUUCUCGUUGUUCUCAUGGCGAAGCAGUACUUCGUGUUGCUCAUCCUGGCGUCGCUGCUAGUCCUCUCCGCGGCCAUCUCCCUCGUCUACUUCUCCUUCGUCUGCUCUUUCAGCGUCGUCGUGGCGGUGGCCGAGCCCGGCUGCCAAGGGGCAGCCGCGUUAUGCAGGGCGUGUAGGCUGGCGAAGGGGAAGAAGUGGCAGGUCGUGCUGUACGUCGCCGUUACCUGUGCCCUGGCCAGCGUCCUUUCGCCGGUGCACACGCUCGCGACGACUUGCGCGGGUAAUAGCGUGGCUCUUGGGUUGCUCCUAGGUUUUGUGUACGCCGUUCUGAUGGCACUCGUGCAGUUGUUCGCCGUCUGCGCCAUGACCGCGUUCUACUACGAGCGCAGGGAGAACAUCGACAGCCAGCUGGGGGAUACUGCAUACGCCAAGUUAUCAACGGAAGAAGCAAACGCUUGAUCAUUCUACUUGUCACAACGAUUGGUGGUGGCAUGUAAUUGACUUGCUUGUAUAUUACUAUUCCCUCCUAUUCCCUCCGUUCCUAAA